CUGAAUUGACACCCGUAGUCAUAAGGGUUCCGUAGUAUUGCUCUCUCUCAGAUUAGUGAGAUAUCCAUUGAAGCGCACUCAACGUUCUCCAUUGAAGCGAAGUUGGCGUUCUCCGUUGAAACUAGUUCUUGUAUCCCCCAUUGAAGCAGCUUCUGAGGGAUUGAGUUCAAUAUUUCUGGAAUUCACUGCCCUAAACCCUAGUAUAAAUUCGGAUUCGGAUAUGGAUAUGCCGUUAAAUCCGUGUACUACUAGUAUCUUACAUGACAAUACUGAUAGUAAAAGGCUACUACGAGUAGUUGAUAGGUUGAGCAAUAUACCUGAUGAAGUGUUGAUUCGGAUAAUGUCUUUGCUUCCGACUAAGGAUGUUGCUGCUACUUGUGUCUUGUCUAAGAAACUGAUGCGCGUCUUGUGUUUGAUCACCACCCUCGACAUAGACGAUUCACCUAUAUCUCACUGUGUGCAUUUUCCCAAUAAAAUCCACAAGUUUCCCUCUUUUGUGACCUUUGUCAAUAAUGUUCUCCAAGCACACCGAUCUCAAUAUCUCACCAGGUUUAGUCUUGGAGUGGGUUCAGACAUGCUCCGCAGAUAUAUUUAUAGGUGUACGAAGCAUUGUUUACCUGAUGUAAAACCCGUGCUCAUUUGUUCGUGGAUCUCUCUCCCCUUAACCUGUUGUGGCCUUAAGGAGCUCGACCUUUGCAUUCACGUGAGAGAACCAGAUGACGGUCAUCCGUUGCCCCCAGAGAUAUUCACUUGUCAAACAUUGGAGGUGUUGAAGCUUGAUGUCAAUCUCCCUGUUGAUCGAGUUUCCACCACUUUUCAUCUUCCACUAUUGAAACUGCUCCACCUCCGCGUGUCUCAUAUAUAUGGGGAUGGUAGCUUUGUGUCAAGCCUGGUUUCUUCUUGCCCCUUACUUGAAGACCUCAUGGUGGAAGCAUUGCUGGACCAUGUCCAAUCUAUUAUUAUCUCUUCACCUUCUCUUCGGAUUUUUUUGUUAAAAAUAUAUACUGUUGAGUGUGAUAACACUGACUUUUUGUGUCUUGAUACUCCUAAUUUGGAGUAUCUUCAUUACAAUUCUAAUUUAGCAGUACAGCAAUCUAUUACAAACAUGGAUCGUUUGAUUCAAGCAAGCAUUAAUAUUUGUGACUUGAUAAGGAGUGCACAUUCAUAUCAGGAUUGCCGUCAACAAAUACUAGGCAUCAUGAGGUGCUUGACCAAUGUUGACAAUUUGAAAUUGCUCGGGUCGUGCUUAAAGCCUUUCAACGUUGAUGGGUUGAAGGAUCAACUGCCCAUGUUUCGCAAUCUGAAAUAUUUAGAGCUGGGUAAUAGAGGAUACAACUGUUGGGAAAGGGUGCUGGAAGCAUUUCUUAUCUGUUCCCCCGUCUUAGAAACGCUUGUUUUUCCAGAGUUACUUAUAGAACGUGCUGCAGAGCAGAGGGUGCAUUUGGAACAACAGUUUUGCAAGAGAGGUCUAGCAAUCGUUCCUCCGUGCUGCAAGUUUCAUCUCAGAAGAAUCGUGAUUAAGAAUUUCUAUGGGAAUGAACGAGAAAUUGGUUUGAUCCAGUUUCUGCUGAAACAUGCAUUAGUUUUGGAGGAAUUGCUCAUAUCUCAAUUCGAGGGCCUUUAUCCACAUUUUCCAAUUGUAGAUAAGGUGGAACUCCAAAGGACAUUACAGAAUUUACCAAGGGCCUCACUCACCUGCUCAAUUCAAGUAUUGUGAUCUGAUCAUCAUCAUGCUCUCCAACAUUAAACUUCUUAAUUAUAUCGUCAACUUGUUAUUUAUCUUAAUUAUGUCCUUCCAUAAAACUUCUUUAUCUUCAGUUUCUGUUAAUUUCUGGUUUUAUUUCUAAAGUUUUUAUUUUGGAUCGGAUUAAUAAGUGUGUUUCUCUUCCCUUAGUUUUCUUGUGUGUGUAGUUUCAAGUCAGAUGACGAGAGGACCCCUGCGUAUUCUAUUGUUGAUGAGACAUUUCCUCCUUUGCUUUUUUUUUUUUUUUUUUUUUUUUAACAAUAAGCUUGUCCAAAUUCCCAAAACAUUUUUGUCUUCAAUCUAUGUAUGUUUAUUAGGUUGAUCAAGUUAUAUACUCGGUAGGAAAUCGAGGUUGUUAGAUGAAGAGCAAGAAAGGGGACACCUUGGAGAAGCAUAUGCAAUAGCAAUGGUGACUGCAUUUGGUUCAAAUAUGUAAUGUAAUGUAUCCAAUAUAGUCUCUUUAUUUUUCAUUUCAGAGGUACUCUUCUUCUUUAAUUUGUGUUUAGUUGCUUGUUACUUAUCACUCAUUGUUAUACCUUCUAAUCAAUUUUUUGUUUAGAGAGAAUCAAGUUAGUUCAAUAAUAUGUUCAAAUUGUUUAGGUUAUCUCUGUUGUCUAUAUUUUGAUGAUACAAAGACAAUGAAGAAAGUUAGUAUUGAUAAUAUUGAAAUAAGAAAUGAAAAGAAACAGGUUAUUUACAAGUUAAUUGAUGUCAAAUAGUUGAUUAUUCCAUAUUACAUGAUUAAUGGUGAUAAGGAGUAAUUAUAAACUUGAUAUAAAUAAAGAGAAAGGGACAAGAAAUCGCUAUGAAGUUUGUGGCCACAGAUUAUUCCAACGCGCGUGGUCGAACAAUUCCUUGAACAAAUGCCUUUGAUUCUUUGAAUGCUUAGAUCUAUUGAAUUUGAAUGUAUUUGAUUGAUUUUGAUAGUGUUUUGAAUGUGUUUUGAGAGAGAAUUGAAAGAGAGACACUUUCUCUC